CCCCCUCCAUCACGGCCAGCCCAGAGCAGGACAGGCGCUGUGUCCCGGCUAGGGGGGGGACAAAGGGACCCUGGGGACCGUCCCCAUCCUUACGCAUCGCCGCCGCACGGGGCCUCCCCAUGUUUCCAUGGAGACCGGCUGCUUUUUCGCUCCCCCCAUUUUUGCUGCCGUUUCCCAGCGCUGCGGUCGCAUUGGAUCCCGGCGCCGCUGUGGGGCUGCAGGCAGAGACAAGCUUUUUGGGAAGCGGCUGCUCCAAGCCGGGCGCUACAUCAUGUCCCACAAAGCCUGGAUGAAGACGGUGCCCACCGAGAACUGCGAUGUGCUCAUGACCUUCCCAGACACCACGGACGACCACACGCUGCUCUGGCUGCUGAACCACAUCCGCCUCGGCAUCCCCGAGCUCAUCGUGCAGGUGCGGCACCACAAGCACACCCGCGCCUACGCCUUCUUCGUCACAGCCACCUACGAGAGUUUGCUGCGUGGGGCCGAUGAGAUCGGGCUGCGGAAACCGGUGAAGGCCGAGUUUGGGGGCGGCAUGAGGAGCUUCUCCUGCGAGGAGGAUUACAUCUAUGAGAACAUCGAGAAUGAGCUUUACUUCUUCACCUCUCAGGAACGGCAAAACAUCAUCAGGUAUUGGCUGGAGAACCUGCGGGCCAAGCAGGGCGAAGCACUGCACAACAUCCACUUCCUGGAGGGACAGCCCAUCAUCCCGGAGCUGGCGGCCCGCGGCGUCAUCCAGCAGGUCUUCCCACUGCACGAGCAGAGGAUCCUCAAACGGCUGAUGAAGUCGUGGGUGCAGGCGAUCUGCGAGGCGCAGCCACUCGAUGAGAUCUGUGACUACUUUGGGGUGAAGAUCGCCAUGUACUUCGCCUGGCUCGGCUUCUACACCUCGGCCAUGGUGUACCCUGCUGUGUUCGGCUCCAUCCUCUACACUUUCACCGAGAGCGACCAGACCAGCCAGGACAUCUGCUGUGUGGUGUUUGCCAUCUUCAACGUCGUCUGGGCCACGCUCUUCCUGGAGGAGUGGAAGCGCCGUGGGGCAGAGUUUGCCUACAAGUGGGGGACGCUGGACACCCCAGCAGAGUCCAUCGAGGAGCCCAGGCCCCAAUUCAGAGGGGUGAAGAGGAUCAGCCCUGUGACCAGCGCCGAGGAGUUCUACUACCCGCCCUGGAAGCGGCUGCUGUUCCAGUGCCUGGUCAGCCUGCCCGUCUGCCUCGCCUGCCUCUCCUUCGUCUUCCUCAUCAUGCUGGGCUGCUUCCAGCUUCAGGAGCUCGUGCUGAGUGUCAAGGAGCUGCCCCGCAUCCUCCGCUUCCUGCCCAAAAUCGUGCUGGCCGUCAUUGUCACGACCUGCGACGAGGUUUACAAGAAGAUUGCCUACUGGCUGAAUGAUAUGGAAAACUACCGCCUGCAGAGUGCCUACGAGAAACACCUCAUCAUCAAAAUCGUCCUGUUUCAGUUUGUAAAUUCAUACCUAAGUCUUUUCUACAUUGGUUUCUACCUCAAAGACAUGGAACGGCUGAAGGAGAUGCUGGCCACGCUGCUCAUCACGCGGCAGUUCCUGCAGAACGUCAAGGAGGUGUCGCAGCCCCACCUGUACCGCCGCCUGCGCCGGGGGGAGCUCAGCCUGCGCAACCUCCGUGAGCUGUCCCACACCAUCCUUCGCCUGCUCGCCCAACCCCGCGCAGCCCCGGCUGCCGGAGCAGCACACGAGGGGCCGCGGGGGGAGAAGAAGUGUCUGAAUGGGGGUUGUGGGGUGCCCGAGGAGGAGGAGGAGGAGGAAGAGCGUCGGGAGUCGGAUUCGGAGGAUGAGAGCGCGCUGGACUGUGGGCUGAAGCUGAAGAAGGUGAGCUUCAUCGAGAAGGCGGAGCGGCGCGGCACCGAGCCCUGCGGCACCGAGGAGGAGAGCUUCCUGGAGGAGGGCAGCCCCACCAUGGUGGAGAAGGGCAUGGACCCCGCCUCCGUCUUCGAGCUGGCUGAUGAUGAGGAGGAUGCUGAAGGCCCCUCGGGCAGCCCGGCCAAAGCAGCGGUGCCGGCCACAGGCCCACGGGUCACGAGGAGGAGGAGGGAGGAAGACGAGGGUGAGGAAGAUGGGCGCAGGCAGAACCGGGCGUCAUGGAUCGAUCCGCCCGAGGAGGACUACUCGACACAGCUGACGCAGGCAGAGGUGGAGAGCUGCAUGAAGAAGUACGAGGACACCUUCCAGGACUACCAGGAGAUGUUCAUCCAGUUUGGCUACGUGGUGCUCUUCUCCUCUGCCUUCCCAUUGGCCGCCAUGUGCGCGCUGGUCAACAACAUCAUCGAGAUUCGCAGCGAUGCUUUCAAACUGUGCACGGGGCUGCAGCGACCCUUCGGGCAGAGGGUGGAGAGCAUCGGGCAGUGGCAGAAGGUGAUGGAGGCCAUGGGCGUGUUGGCCAUCGUGGUCAACUGCUACCUGAUCGCACAGUGCGGGCAGCUGCAGCGGCUCUUCCCUUGGCUCAGCCCCGAGGGAGCCAUCAUCUCGGUGGUGGUGCUGGAGCACUUCGCCCUGCUGCUGAAGUACGUCAUCCAAGUGGCCAUCCCCGACAUCCCCGCGUGGGUGGCCGAGGAGAUGGCCAAGCUGGAGUACCAGCGCCGCGAGGCCUUCAAGAAGCACGAGCGCCAGGCCCAGCACCACUUCCAGCAGCAGCAGCGGCGCAAGCGGGAGGAGGAGGAGCGGCAGCGGCACGCCGAGUACCAGGCGCGCAAGGAGCGCGAGGCCAACCGCGACGAGGCCAAGGCCGAGGCAGCCGGGCAGGACCCGGCCCACGAGAAGAGCCAGAGCAAAGGGAAGGGCUCCGGGGGGUCCUCCGCGCACGGCUCCGACAAGCCCAAGCGGCCCAGCUCGCUGCUGGCCACCAAUAACGUCAUGAAGCUGAAGCAGAUCAUCCCUCUGCAGGGCAAAUUCCUCUCCGGGGGGACCGGGGCAGGCAGCACGGCCGCCAGGUCCCCCCAGUCCCCCACCAGCAGCGAUAACAAACUCCCCGGCUUCCUCAGCUUCAAGUUCCUGAAAUCCCCCGAAACCAAGAGGGACGCGGCCACCGAAAAGGUGCAGUCGCCCACCAAGCCAUUCAACCCCGGCAAGCUCUUCAACUUCGGCAAGUCCGAAGGGACCGGCGGCAACGGGGCCACCGCCUCCCCCCAGCCCCGUGCUGGCCCCUCUGCAGAUGGGGGUGAGCGGCCGGGCCCCAGCAAGUCCCACCUCAAUGGGGCUCCAGAGGAUGGAGCCCGCGAGGAGCCGGAGCCACGAGCAGAGGAGGAGAGCGGGGGUUACAGACUCUGAGCCAGGCACGCCGGCCCCAUCCCGGCCCCUCCAUCGCAGCCCCUCUGCUGGGACCCCAUCACAACCCCAUGGAGGCCCGGCGGUGCCCUGGGAUGGAGCAUCCUGUCCUGCACCACCAACGGGCAAUGCUCCGUGCCCGCCGUCUCCAGGAGGUCAUCCAAGGAGGAUUUGGUGUCCCCAGACCCGCAGAGCUCCAAGGGGUGCAGCUCGGGGCCACAGCUCCACUCCAGAGGGACGGACGGCAGUGAGGAGCCCCGUUCACCCGUGCCUGCAGCCACGGCUGCAUCCUGCUGCACCACGGGGCAGUGAGCUGCCCAGAAACGGCCGGGAGGGAGGGGGUGAGCAGCAAGCACUGGCUGCUGCGCCCCCCAGGCACGGGGAGCAUUUCUUGCACUAAAACCCAAACAAAACCCAAUGCGAGCGACUCUGCCAUUUUUCAUGCAAUGGCUGCAGGCGGCGGAGAUGAGAGCUGGGAGCGCCCUGGACCUGCAACGCUCCCUCGCCCUCUCUGCUUUCCUAUUUUGUGGAAUUACUUUGCAAUAAGGCACUCGCGCACGGACGCACGCUGGAGCCUGGC